UGAUUAUGCAAGCAACUAAAAAUGAAACAAACUCGACUGAAAAUACUUUUAUAGUGUUGCAGACUUAAUGGCGAAGAAAUAUCACUCAUUAGGUGAAUUCUACAACGAAAUAGAAUACCACGAAAAGAGUCUCAGCAUUGUCAAAGAGAUCGGUGAUAGAAGUGGUGAAGGGAAAGCUUAUGGAAACAUAGGCUGUGCAUAUCAGUCAUUAGGCGAAUUCCACAAAGCAAUUGCAUGCCACGAAAAGAGUCUCAGAAUUGCCGAUGAGAUCGGUGAUAGAAGUGGUGAAGGGAAAGCUUAUGGAAACAUAGGAUAUUCAUAUCAGUCAUUAGGCGAAUUCCACAAAGCAAUUGCAUGCCACGAAAAGAGUCUCAGAAUUGCCGAUGAGAUCGGUGAUAGAAGUGGUGAAGGGAAAGCUUAUGGAAACAUAGGAUAUGCAUAUCAGUCAUUAGGCGAAUUCCACAAGGCAAUUGAAUACCACGAAAAGAACCUCAGCAUUGCCAAAGAGAUCGGUGAUAUACAGGAAGAAGGAACGAGUUAUUUAAACCAAGGAAAUUUAUAUCGCAGUUUAGGAGAAUUUGCUAAUGCAAUUGAAUACCUCGAAAAGAGCCUCAGCAUUGCCAAACAGAUAGGUAAUAAAGCUAUUGAAGCAAGUACUUAUGGAAAAAUAGGAAAUGUGUAUCAUACAAUGGGCCAAUAUAUCAGGGCAAUUGAAUACCACGAAAAGAGUUUCAGUAUUGCCAAAGAGAUUGGUGACAGAAUGGGAGAAGGAACAGUUUAUGGCAACUUAGGAAUUGCAUAUCAAUCAUUAGGGGAGUAUAGAAAAGCAUUUGAAUACCACGAAAGGAGCCUCAGUAUUGCCAAAGAGAUUGGUGACAGAAUGGGAGAAAGAACAGUUUAUGGCAACUUAGGAAAUGCAUAUCAAUCAUUAGGGGAGUAUACAAAAGCAAGAGAAUACAGCGAAAGGAGCCUCAGUAUUGCCAAAGAGAUUGGUGACAGAAAGGGAGAGUGUACAGCUUAUGGCAACUUAGGAGUGGUAUCUCAGGCAAUCAAUGAAUACCAAAAGGCAAUAUUUUACUUACAGAAAUCCGUUGAUAUUGCAAAGAUGAUAGGAGACACAAGCAGUGAAGGAAUUUUCUGCGAAGCUUUAGGAGGUGCAUAUCAGUCAAUAGGACAACAUCGCAAAGGAAAUGAAUUUCUGGAAAGGUUUCUUAGAGUCGCAAAGGAAACAGGAGACAAAAACGGAGAAAAAAGAGCUUACGAAAACUUAGCAAAGUCAUGCCAAUCAGUGGGGGAAUACCACAAGGCAAUUGAAUAUCAAGAAAAGUUUAUUGAUAUCGCCAAAGAGAUCGGUGACAGGCAAGGCGAGGUGUUGGGCUACAGGACCUUAGUAAGUGCAUAUCAACUAAUCGGUGAAUACAAGACUGCUGCAUCCUAUCUGCGAAAACACUUUACAGGUUUUGCUGAGAUAGUUCGAUCGAUGCCACCUGAAAUAAUUGCUCAGGGACCUUUUGCUGAAGAAUCAUAUCGAAAGGCGUUUUAUCAUGGAAGCGUGCAAAUUUAUCGAGCUUGUGUGAAAAUAAUUGGCCAAGAAGGUGCAGGAAAAACAUGCCUCAAGAGAUCUCUUCAAGGUUUACCGUUCAAUCCCCUACAAGAGAGCACGGUUGGGGUAGAAGUAUCUCUAUGCAAACCUGUUACUAGGAACAACAUCAUGAUUUGGCAAAUGAAAGAGAAUGACGGCAUAAUUGUAGACGAUGAUUUUGCUUUUGUGAUGGCCAAAGAUAUCAAAAAGCAGGGCGAUGUUACUAAGGAUACAAGGGCAAUAGACGUUUCUUCUGAACCUCAUAAGCAAGCAGACCAAGUCAGUUCUGAGUCAGUUCAAGUGCCAAAUAAAGUUGAGCAAUCGCCGGAAAGGAAAAUUGACGAAACUAUAAAAGACAACCAGGAAACCGAGAAUCACGAGGCAACCACGAAAAAAAUACUGGAAUCUUCAUCAAAGCAAAAUCUGCAAGUGCCAGACGAAGUUAAGAUGUCACUGAUCAAGUAUUUACAGGAAAAGAAAAUAGAUGAAACUAUAAGAGAUAAGGAAGUCGCAAUAAGCAUUUGGGAUUUUGCUGGCCAACAAUUGUUCUACGCAUCUCAUCCUGUUUUCAUGUCCCAUCGAGCAAUCUAUAUCUUGGUUUAUAAUCUUGGAAAAGAUUUGGACGACAAGGCAGAACCUCGUGCUCGUCAGGGAACGAGGGAAAUUGUACUAGAUAAUGCAAGUAAUGAGACCAAUCUGGACAACCUUUUGUCGUGGUUAGUAUCUGUACACUGCCUUUGCCAGCCCCAUAAUGACAGUCGGGUAGAAACUGAAGAUUACAUUUGCCCACCGGUAAUUAUUGUUGGUACCCACGCCGAUGAGUUACCUGGAAGCGAGGAUGAAAAACAGAGGCUCAUAGAUAUCAAGCGGCGAAAAAUAGAGAACGCAAUUGAAAAGUGCGAGUUUCAGAACCACGUGAUGAAGCCAUUCUUUGUUGUUGACAACAAUAAGUCGGCGGAUGAUGAUGGGAUUAAGAGUCUCCACUCGAAAAUCAACGAAGUACUUAACAUGGAGCCUUACUUUCCAGAACCAGUACCCAUUCGUUGGUUGCACUUUGAGAAGGCUUUGCAAUCACUUGUACAAGAGAAGAAGACACCAUUUCUGUCAGUUAAAGAACUUUCAGAGAUCGCAGAGGAGGUUUGCUCCAUUGAUCAGACGGAGAUCGCCACCAUGCUAAACUUUUACCACAGGCUUGGCAUCAUUAUCAAGUAUGGUGACACAGUUGUACUCGACGCUAAGUGGUUGAUUAACCUGUUCAAAAGUCUUAUUACUAUUGAACCAGAUGAAGUGAAACCUAAGCAUCGAAUGUUUUGGAGAGAGCUGGCAGAAACCGGAAGAUUGCAUACGGACCUGAUCAAUCACGUCUUUCAAGAACUUUCCGAAGCUAGGGAUGACGCAAUGAAAGACAUACUAGAUAUGAUGGAAUAUUUUGGAUUGAUUUCCAAAAUAAUCCCAAGUGAUCGCAAGAAGAAAUAUUGUCAUUUGGUUCCCUCUCACCUGACAUCAUCACCCGAGGACGAACUAAAAAAGUGCCACCCAUCAUCAGGCGAACCCUGUCCGUUGUAUAUCCGCUUUAAGGACGGAUUCAUCCCACACGGUUUAUAUUUCCAACUGAUUUGCAGAUGGUGCUCCAUAUAUGGAUCUCAGGAGCGACCGAAUCUGUUUCCGAGAGAGCCUAAGUUGUUUCGUAAUGCUGCCAAAUUUGUCCUGGAUAACAAUUCCAAACUCAUCAUGACAGUAGUAUGCUGCAAGAGCACCAUUAAGGUAUGCCUGCAUUCGAAUCACGAAAACAAAACUGGCGUCGAUUUCAAGGCAGUUGAGAUAAGAAACUUAAUCCAGGAAAGCUUAGACAGAUUAACAGAAAAGUGUCCUUGGUACAAAAGCCUACAGUAUGAAUUGUGCAUUAGAUGUCCAUUGUGUGCAGUGAACGCUACUGGUAAAGUAGAAGGACAACCUUUUGGAGACGACAACUGCCUGCAUCCAGCCACUGACGAUGAAGAAUUUUAUUGUGAAGAGAAAGAUGAAUGGUCAGAGGUGUUGGGACUGCAUCAUUGGUUUUCCAGAAGAAACUCUUCUGCUUCAAAACCAAUUCACGAAGUAAGUCGACCCGAGAUAGUAACGACUGGUAUAACUUCGACUACAGGAUACUUGUGUCUUGAUGAAAAUAACAAAAGAUGGGUUGUGGUUGGAAUUGCUAUCAUGAAGGUACUGUUGCCUGCUUUGCGAAGUUUUGUUCUUCCAAAGAUUGCCAAACACUACAAUGAUCUGAAGGCCAAUCACAACAUCGACUCCCAAGUCUAUGGAGCACAUCUUAAAAUGGAUGGAACAUAUAAAUUCAAUUAUGACAGCAUAAACAGCAACCAAGGAAAAAAAACACCGAUCUUUGACUACAAGGUCACUUCUGAAGUCGAUUUGGCAAAGCUGUAUUUGAAGCCUUUUAUGGCCAAAUUCACCGGAAUUGAUGAAACCUGUGACCUGUCGGCAGUUCUUGGAAUAUUAUCUUCUGCAAGCGUUUUUACCACGGCAACACAAGAUGGCGCGAAAGAUGUCCGGCAGCACGUACGUAAUGAGUGGGGUCAUUGCAAUUUCACUGUAUGGAACGAAGCCAAAAUUACAGACUGCUUCAAAUUCAUGAAUUUUCUGGUGAAAAGUCUGAAACUAACUGGUGAUCAAGAAAAGAAGUUGUUAGGAAACCUUAAAGAAUGGGAAGAGAAAGGUGUUGCCCUUUGCCUUCGCAACACAGCUGAUGGAGGCCUGUUAAACGUCUUUGAAAAUGUGCCUUUGGUGUUAAAGGAAGUACAAUCUCUCAAGGAAAGUAAUCCUGAAGAGUUCCAACGAAUUAACUCCUCACUACAAGCGUUCAAAGAAGAGGUUAUCAAAUGUCUCAAAAAGCUUGAAGAGGGCCAGAAAGAUAUGAAAACAAUGUUAACAGCUGUUGCAAGUAGUGUUAAUGAUGUGAAGUCAAUACUCGAACUAUCCUCACCAAGACUUUGAAUAUGCUAGUGAGGUAAUUUGUCUGGGAUAGAGACAAAAAAGAUCUCGUUGUCUUCGUCUUCUUUCCUUCUGCUUGUAUUGCAUUCUGUUUUAAAAAAUAUUCUCCAAUCGCAAUCACUAAACUAAUGAAUGAUCAGUCAGUCAGUCAGUCAAUUAAUUAAUCAAAUGAUUACUAAUCAAUCGUCAAUAAGGGGUGGACCAUUCCAUAAUUUAUAUAUUUUUAUUAUGAUUACUACAUACAAGUUUUUUAAAACAUCGUUACACAAAUUUACACGAUACCGCAACAUUUAAGCGUAUUUUUGAAUGUCAAUAAUUACUUCAAAUUUUCUAGAGUUAUAUGGGACGUCUUUCAGAGAAUCACUGUUAUCCUAAACGUUAAAUUCCCCGGGAACAAUAUCGUUUCGAAUUGUAUUUUCUGCAUUAGAAAAUUGAAAAUGCAAAAAUGAAGUGUUGUCAAUUAAAGAAUUGCGUUUGACUUUCUUUUAGUGUUUUAAAAGUUGUGUUUGAUCGAUGUGGUCAAAUAAUCACCAUAUAUAGAAAUGCUGAGGAGCCAAAAUUUCAAUAUAUUCAAUAUAUAUUCAAUUAGAUAAUAUAUCACGUUGUUCCUAUAGAUUAUUUUAUUCCAGAACAGAAUCAUAGGGA